GCAAUGUUUACAGUAGCGGCGACAGUGUGGUAGUGACGUCAUCACAGUGCGACCGAGCAGCGCGAGACGACGCUCCUUAAUAUACAAACCGGUGUUUGUGUGGUUUACAGGGUUUAUGGUAUUUAGAUGUUUAUGUAUCUAAUGUAUUUCAGUUACUCUUUGCUUCAUCUUUCAGUUUGGCGGAGAUUAUCUUUAGCAGCGUAACGUCGAACUUACUUUCACUUUGUUUACUCGUCCUCAUUUUAUCGUGACAGAGCCUACAUUUAUAUUCGAAGCAUUUUGAUGUGAUUGUCGGUGCUCUGUGGGGAUUAUACAUCCACCCCACUUUAGAAAUUAAACCAAAUGGAAGAAGAGAGCUGUAGCCGUGCAGAAGAAGUCGUAAACGACGAUUUAUUGGAGAUCCUGCGCAUCGACGCGGAGCUCGAGCCCGUGUGUGACAGACAGGAGAGCACGCGCUCUAAGAAUGUCCUGCGCAAGCAGCGGAACUGGGAGAGGAGACUGGAGGCCAAGAAAAGCAAGAGAAAAGAGGAGAAACAAAGAAAGAAGCUCAACAAACUAAAUAAAGAUGUGAAUGAGCAGCAGCUCAGUAAACGCGUCAUAAAAGCGAUAACCAAAGAGAGACUGGAAGAGGCCAGAGGAGCAGGACCUGGCCUGUGUGUUGAUCUUAGCAUGACUGACUGUCUGUCUGCCAAAGAAAUCAGCCGUCUUGCAUGUCAGAUCAGGCGCCUCUAUGGAUGCAAUAAGAAAGCCUUACAGCCUUUCCGCAUAUUUCUGACCGAAUUAAAAGAGGACAGUCUUCUGCAUAAGGAAUGUGUUCGGAUGAAUGACGGCUUCCUGAAUUAUUUGAUUGAUGUGACUGAGGAGAGCUGGUUUCAUCUGUUUCCCUCUGAAGAUGUGAUAUAUUUAACCCCAGACGCAAGUGAAGCUUUAGAGUACGUGGAGGAAGAUAAAGUCUACAUCCUUGGAGGUUUAGUGGAUGAAACCAUACAAAAGAAAAUAAGCUACACGAGGGCAAAAGAGCUUGGCGUUCGCACGGCGCGGCUGCCGAUUGAUGAGUACAUGGUGAAGAGACCAAACCCCAAAAACUUCCACUCCAAAAUCCUUGCCAUCAAUCAAGUGUUUGAAAUCCUUCUGACAUUUCGGGACACUAAAGACUGGACUAAAGCGCUUGCCGCUGGAAUUCCUCCAGGAAAAGAACAGAGUUGGAGAAAUGUAGCGUUACAUCACUGUCUCAGCAAUGGAUGCUCUUCAGUGAAUGGGUGCCGUCAGAAUGAGAGUCCAGACAGCUGAUAAAAACAUCACAGUAAUCCACACCACACCAGUCCAUCAGUUAACUUAUUGUGAAGUGAAAAUCUAUGUUUGUAAGAAACAAAUAAAUCAAUAAGACGUUUUAACAUACAUUUUCUGCUCAUUUUAAUUUUGAGUGAACUAUUUAAACACCUGGGCAGUAUUUUUAAAGAUUCUAAGAAUCCUCUCAGAGAGCUCCUAAUUUAGCUUAAAACACACACACACACACAUUAUAUAUGUAUAUAUAUAUAUAUAUAUAUAUAUAUAUAUAUUCUUUAUUUACCAUGCUGUCAUACUUAACGUAUUUUAUAGGAAAUGAACAGCGACACAAUAAGGUUCUGAAAGUGCUGUAACAGACCCAAAUAAUCGCUGCUGCAUAGUUGCAUUUUUCCAGUUGCCAAAUAUGUUAAUGUAGUGAUUACGUCUAUUUCUGUGCGGUGUCGGAGAUGUUAGCAUGUCUUUAAUAAGAUCGGUCACAAACAUGAUUCCUGCACGAUCUAAUGUGUAGCGUUUUAUUAACUCACUGUCAUGCAUUGUGUGCAACACAUUUCUUCUCCCUCUUCAUGUUUCGUCCAUUUUCUCCACUGCUAAAGAAACUCUUCAGCCUCUUAAAUGUCCUCGUCCGUACUCCUAACAAUUUUGGACCUUAAGACGUCUUUUAAGGGUUAAGAUGCUUUAUGAAUUACUUUUUUCUUUACUAGGAUCUUUUCUUAAAUUUUAAGGGGAAACACCCACAUUUCUAAGAAUUUUCUUAGAAUUUUGUUACUAGGAGCAACUCUUAGCACUAAGAUUUUUCAUGAAUACGGGCCCUGGGAAGUAUGGAAGUAUCCUCACUGAGAUAAAAGUUUUUGUAAUUUCCUCGCUCAGAGUUGCUCUCAGGUUGGUCCUGAAUCACUUUUAAGCUAAGACUCCUAGUUACAAAUUUUUAAGCUAAAUUAGGAGCUCUCUGAGAGGAUUAUUAGAAUCUUUAAGAAUACGGGCCCUGGACUUUUAUAUCCUUCAAUAAAAAUGUAAUUUUUGUAAAAUAUACUGUGAUUGAAAAAAUUGUAGUGCAAGUGUAACUAAAAUAUUGAUGCGCCAAUUGCCAAUGAAAACUAUUGGUUUGCCACCCGAAAGGAUUGUGUGCAUUUAGUAUUACUUUUGUUUACCGCUUUUGUUUCUCAUUUAAACACAUAAAUUCACAGUUUAUCCAAAUUUGCCUAAAUAUAUGUCGCCAAACAGAUUUCUAUAAAAAU